AUGCUACUGCCUGGAUCACGAAUGCAAAUUAGUUUUCUCAAGGACUUGGCCACUCUGAGAAAUCCAGCAUCCAAGUUCACAUUCUUGAGCUAUCUCCAUGCUCAUGGCCGUCUUCCCGCGUUUAUUAAUAGAAACGCCGAUACCCCUACCCGUCGCGAAUAUGCCGAUUACAUGGCAUGGGCUGCUACUCGCGUCCGAGAGCUUGGCGGCGAAGCACUUCGAAUUCGUUACGGCGAAGACGUAGUCUCUGUCCAAAGCCUUGAUGGCGGCAAGACUGUCACUGUGACCAGUCGGGUUCGAGAGACAAAUGAAGUCCGAAUUCGAAAUGCUAAAACCCUCAUCAUCGCACCCGGAGGAACCGCAAGAAUCCCGAAAAUUCUUGCUCCUUAUGCGGAUCAUCCACGAGUCAUGCAUACAUCCUCGUAUGUCCAACGCGCAGCGAGUCUCAUCAAGGCCGCUGUUGAGUCGACUGGGUCUUCUCGUAGCCCAUCCCCUGCUGGGUCAGACUCAUCCCGUCUGAGCGGUUUGACCACUGCUCGUGCGCUUCCAGGUAUUCCCAUCGAGGGCGAAGGUCCCCAGGAACACCAGUUGGACAUGAUCAUCCGCAAGGGCUCGUUGAAACCUUCGGACGACUCACCCUUUGCCAACGAGAUCUUCGACCCUGAGUCGACUGACAAGGCGUUCAAACUUCCUGCUGCUCGGGCCUGGCUCAGAGCCGAGUACGCGGGAACCAACUAUGGUGUUGUUAAUCCUCGUACGAUUGACGCACUUUACGAGGAAGUCUACGCUCAAAAGGUCGAUGAUGCUGCGGAGAGCCGUCCUCUUGGCGGUGUCUCUGCGCCUGAUGGUACCCGCGUUCGUAUCAACAUUCUGUCAUACCAAGACACAGCACAUCUCUCGGUCUCUGGCAGCGAAAUAUCCAACGAGCCAACCUUCUCGAUUCGCCUUCGCCACCUCUUAACAGGGGAUGAACAUGAUCGUGGGUAUGACGCGAUCAUCUUAGGUACCGGUUACGAACGCCAGAGCUGGAUGCGUCUUUUCGGACAAGGCGAAAGCAAGGAUGUUGCUCCUGUCGAAGACGAAGUUACCAAGCCUGUUACAUCUCUUUCCAAGCUUGACGUUGCAGAGGCCAUCGCAGCCAAGGUCCAGGGCUCCCAGCCUUUGACGCCUCCUCGCAGUGGUGCGACAACUCCCCCUUCGCCUGCUGAGAGUACCGGAAGCACACUUGCCGAGGGUGUACCGCCACCAAGUGUCCGCAUUACCCGUGCUUACCGUCUGCUUCCAGUUGAACAACACUCCGACUUUACCGCUCGCGUUUAUGUCCAAGGAUGUGCCGAAUCUUCUCAUGGAUUGAGUGACACUCUCUUGAGUGUAAUAGGUCCCCGUUCAGGAGAAGUAGUUGCCGAUAUGGUCUCUGCCUGA